AUGGUUAGAGCUCCUUGCUGUGAAAAGAUGGGGCUGAAGAAAGGGCCUUGGAGUCCUCAAGAAGAUCUGAUUUUGAUCUCUUACAUUCAAGAGCAUGGCCAUGGAAAUUGGAGGGCACUCCCCAAACAAGCUGGUCUACUGCGGUGUGGAAAAAGUUGCAGACUACGUUGGACAAAUUAUUUGAGGCCGGACAUAAAGAGGGGAAAUUUCAGUAAAGAAGAAGAAGAAACUAUCAUCAAGCUACAUGAAACGAUUGGCAAUAGAUGGUCUGCUAUUGCAGCAAGAUUGCCCGGAAGAACGGACAAUGAAAUAAAAAAUGUCUGGCACACACACUUGAAGAAAAGGCUCAAAAAUAGUAAGACUUCUGAGGACUCCAAGAGACACACUAUCAUUCAAAAAUGUGAUUCUAAAGCUCCUCAAAAUCCCAAUUCCUCUAGUGAACAAAUUGUUGAUAGUCCACAGCAUUGCUCUAGUGAGAUGUCAUCAGUCACAGAUUCAUCCGAGAAAACAGUUACUAAGCACGAAGAAAUGGACUACUCGUCCGAGUAUUUUUCUCAGAUCGAUGAAACCUUUUGGUCUAACGACUUCUCCACAGACGAUAACAUAAACUUGCAAUCAACAAACUUCCCGGCUGCUAAAAACGAUGAAGCUCAGUUCAAAUUCCCUCCGUCUCCCGUGGCAAACGAUGCCGGUGGGAAUUCGGAGGUUGAUGAUAGCAUGGACUUUUGGUACAAUGUUUUCAUUAGAGCGGGAGACAUGCCUGAUUUACCAUUGUUUUGA